GCGGCAGGAGCGCGGAACAUGGCGGCGGGCGGCGGCGGGAGCCGCGCGGAUAACGGCUACGGGAGCCAACCGCCGCCGCGGCGCAGGAAGGGCCCGGGCGCGCUGGCCACGGCCUACCUCGUUAUCUACAACGUCGUCAUGACGGCGGGAUGGCUUGUGAUUGCAGUUGGUCUAGUUCGAGCAUACCUGGCUAAAGGUAGCUACCACAGCCUUUACUAUUCAAUAGAAAAGCCUCUGAAGUUCUUCCAAACUGGAGCUUUACUUGAGAUUCUGCACUGUGCAUUUGGCAUUGUUCCAUCUUCUGUUGUCUUGACUGCUUUCCAAGUGAUGUCAAGGGUUUUCCUGACCUGGGCAGUAACACACAGUGUAAAAGAGGUACAAACUGAAGAUAGCGUCCUGUUGUUUGUUGUGGCCUGGACAAUCACUGAGAUCAUCCGUUACUCUUUUUAUACGUUUAGCUUAUUAAACCAUCUCCCUUACCUCAUCAAGUGGGCCAGGUACACUCUAUUUAUAGUAUUGUAUCCAAUGGGAGUUUCAGGCGAAUUGCUCACCAUAUACGCUGCAUUACCCUUCGUCAGACAGUCUGGCUUGUAUUCCAUUAGUUUACCUAACAAGUACAAUUUUUCUUUUGACUACUAUACAUUCCUGAUUCUGAUUAUGAUCUCUUACAUUCCAAUCUUUCCUCAGCUGUAUUUUCACAUGCUACAUCAGAGGAGAAAGGUACUUUCCCACAUUGAGGAACACAAGAAAUCGGAGUAAUUUCAACUCUUUUUCAGAACUUUUCAAACAUCAAAAUGCUGCAGAAUUUUUCAAUACUCAGCACGUUUAUAGAGAAUAUACCAAGAUAAACUAAGUCAGAGGUAAAAGACCCAUAAUUUAGCAAGAAUAACCAAUAUCCUAAUUUCACUGAAAUUCCACAGGGUAAAACAAUGAAAUAUCUUUCAGCUUGCAAUGCUUCAGAAAACUUGUACACUUUAAAUGGCUUCGGCAGUUAGCAUAUUACUUUUCCUUAAAUGAUAUGCUGAAUUGUUUUCAGUUAUUACUAAAUGCCUGAGGGUUACAGUAUGAGUGAUGAAGUUGUACCCACUAAAUGCUUGAAUUAGGAUUAUAUUACUGGUAUCUUUAUUAUUUCUUUUAAGUGCUUGACUGCAUGCCAGAAAUUGUAUGUAUUGCUGUGGAAGCAAACAAUAUGCUCUGGAAUGCUUUAGGAUUUUUGUCAGARACUCCAGUGGAGAAUGUAACCCAGGCAGACUGUUCAAAUUCAGGAAGUGAGGUUGGGAUUUUAAAAGGCAAUGGAAAGAGGAACUAGAAGACAUUUAUGGAAAAUAAAGGAUUCUUCAGGAAUUUAAAUACUAGAGUGUCUGACCAGAGUAUGUUUUCUGAAGAUCUUGUUUAAGCUGAUAACUCAAAUGCAAAUCCAGGGGCUAAAAUGCUGAUCUGAUACACAAAACCUCUUCGUAAGUACUGCAGCCUUAGAUAUUUUUUGAUUUUUUUUGAACAUAGAUUAAUAUUUAUCAUAGUAUCUCUCAUGACAUCAAUAUUGAAGAUGAACAAUAUAGGCACGCAAGUCAACCAGAAACAUAGAUAGUUCUUUUUGACUUUAUAUUUAAUCAUCUCUAAUAACUAUGAACUAGCUCAGUAGUGCUCAUCUUUCUAAGUUGAGGACUAUUUAUAUACUGUAGAAUCAUUUGAGGGCCUUGUGCUUUAACAUGUCUUUUCUCAAGUGACUAAUAUGUAUCACUCUGGCAUAUCCAAACAGGCAGUUCUAGACGCUCUGCUUCUGAAACGYUGCGCAAAAUUAACUCAUAAGCUUCUUUUUUGAAAGCAAGUCUCUCAUGUUACAUGCUGCUUUUGAAGGUUGGAUAAGCCUUCUCUCAUCUGUUUGAGAGAGCAGAAGAGUGCAGAAAGGCAAACUUACCUAGGUGCUUACUCUGGUGUCUAGAGCCAMACCUUCCCAAGGAAAGGUAAAGCAGACGAUGAGAGAGUGGGGAAUGUGGCAGGCCAGGAUGUCUUAGUGCUGUGGGAGCAGUGGCCUGAGUUAGGAACAAACUGUGAGCCGAGGGCCAGCAACGAGGGGAGCGGGGAAAUGAGCAAACAUUCAAGCAAAUGCAAAAGGAAAUGCGGAGUAUGGACUGUGCUCUCUUAUUUACUGAUUGC